CCAACUUCCAUGGUCACAAUAGCGUGUUUUACAACCACGAUUAUUGUUGAGGACCAAUAUUGAAAAGAGUUGAUAACAAUGCAUUAUGAAUGGAAAAGCAGAAAAAUCGUAUAAUAUAAGUAAUCAUUGUAAAUCGUCAGAAGAAUUCAACUGUUCAACUAUUAAAUCAAACAAUUACUUUUAAUAUUUUCUCAACAUUAUUGAGAAAUUGAAUGGUGUUUAAUUAUCACCAAUUAUCUAGAAGAGAAUUGAAAGCAUUUAGCAGAGUGGAUUUAUUGAGAAGAAAAAGAAAACAAUUCUAUUCGCAAUGAAAUUGUUAUUUCUGGUAAUGAUUAUGGUAUGCACUGGCAGUUGUCUGUCACUACCUUCAACGAUUCCGACAACAACUUUGAAUUCCUUAAACUUGAACAAGAAAACGACCGCCGUUGUAAAUAUCACAGCCUCUCCGUUAGCAACGCGUGCCAAAGCCCCGGAGACUACCAUUACCUCAGACUCCAACAUCAGCAACACAAGCAACCUUGCCAUCAAGAAAAUUCAACUAAACGAAGUUACGACACCUAGCCCGUUAUCAAAAGAGACCCGUGAAUCACUAAGCAAAAUUCGACCGCAGAUCAAGCUUCACAUAAAUUACACCAGUGUCGGCGAGACUGGAGUUCGGUUGCCAGAAGGAGCUAGUGCAGCUUUAUCAAAGCCAACUAAGUAUCAUUACUAUCCACAUAAUCAGCACAUUUAUCUACUACCAGAAUGUGCUGUUCAACAAGUAUGCAAUGCAGUCUAUGUUAGAUUAAAUUUCACUCAACCCUUGUGCGCCUGUCCAAGUAGAUACAGAGAUCCUUGCAGUGCAUCUCUUGAUUCUGAUGACCUUCACACUACUGAACUUGUUACAGAUUCAAACACAAGGGCAUUAACAUUAGUUAAAACUUGUGAGCCAGUAGCAGAAAUGCGAGAAUGUCGAACUCCAAGAGAUUGGUCAUUGUUAGCUUUACAAAAUGUUCGUACGGGAAAAUCACAUUAUCUUGUAAUAUGCAGGUGUCCUGACACCAACAUCCUAGAAGGACCUAUGAGUCAUGAUCAACCUACAUAUGCCAGUGUCCCAGGUAUUCGAGUCUAUGGGAUGAUGUGUGUUCAAGGAAGCAGAAAAGGACGUCCGUUACGACAAACUCGUAACUUACUUGGCUUAGAAACAAAUGAGAAUUACAAUGAUAUGAAAUCAACAUUCCCAUGGCAUAUGGUUCCAGAACUUAUGAAAACCGCUAAUUGGGAUUGACUAUUGUGAUAAUUGAUACGUACAUCACACUAACAAAUUAUAAAAUUCAUAAAUUAAUAGUUAUUUAUUAUCAAGUUAUCAUCGUAUUCAGUGUCAUCCUUUACUUUUUUAUUGCUUCAUAAUCUAUUAAUUAUUACUUUUAGACGUUUUACGA